AGCAAACAUCGCCAAAAAUCAGCCAACCGCUAUAUCUUCAACAUGGAAAAGUCAAACAGCUAGCAAGAAUGCUGUAGAUGGUAAUGCCGAUCAUUUUAUCGCUGGUGGUUCAUGUGCUGUGACAAAGACACAAAAUAACCCUUGGUUCAGGCUAGAGCUACAAACUUCUACGGCGGUGAGUGAAAUACCGUAUAUCUGAAAUUUAAUUUUGUGAUAUGAAGCAUCUCACUGGCUCAUUUAUUAACGACGAGUUGAUGCAUUAUUUGUACAUUAAGACUUUUUCCUCCGGUUCCUGCAUGUUUAGUUAUCGAAACGACACUGCUGCGUGCACAUUUCCUGUUUAUUAUGAUCGAUAUACUCAGUGAAAGAUUAAAGGAAUACCGAAUGACUUUUUGUGCAGGAUUGCGUGAUCCAUAUGUCGCGAGACUUUCGGAAAGCGUAAAAUUACUCGAGCCGCAGGCGAGUGUAUUUUUACGCUUUCCAAAAGUCGCGCAACAUCCCAAGUGCAUGGAUUAAAACCAUUUGGUAACUGUUUUAUAAAAUAACUACAGUGAAACAAUGACGAAUAUUUUGAGAAUCCCGCGAAGGCAUUUUAAUUCCUCUUGCAGGAUAGCCUGAUCCUGCACGGCUAUUGACCAUCAAAUUGCGUGUUUUACUGUAGUUAUUAUAUAAUAUCUAAUGCUGGCGCUUCUCAAGAGACUCGUCUGAAAUGCAUGGUCAAACGAUGCGAAUUUGUAGUCUGAACUUGAAACUCUUGCUCGUUUCUUAUUUAGCGCUCAUAGUCUUUUAUUAAAUCGUGUAUAGGAGUAAUAGGACGAGGAUGAUGAAGUACUUUAUGAAAUAAUUUGGUUGCAGAAAGCACGAAAUGUUUCACGUCUUUACAUCCUUAUUAUGUCAUGUUUGUCGUAUGUUUUAGUAUUGCAUAUAUGAAAAAUAAUUAUCUUGGAAAAAUAAGGAAAAUGAAAAAAUAAUUAGCUUACAGUGCGUUAAGUCACCUUUAAUUAACGGAAUGUUUUGUUUAUUUAUUUAUUGUUAUAUAUAGGUUUAUGGACUAUUGAUAUCAAAUACUGAAGACAAACAAGGAAACAAACUUCAAAAUUUUGAGAUUCAUAUUGGUGACAGCCUGGACCAAAACGGUGUAAUAAACCCAAAGUAAGUUUGCAGAUUGUCAGAAGGUUUUAAAGUAAUUCUAUCUUCGUACCAGGUGAUGACACACUAGUGAGUCCAUGACGCUUUCCCGUCUUCGACCAGGAUUUGAUUCCCGACACUGUACCUGCAUGCAUGCAUGCAUGGCACUAGCUUUGCAAACCAGUAAGGGAACAGCUUAGAGCCGGUGGAGCUAUCUAUAUAGUUUUAAUUUUAAUAAUAAAGUUGGUUACUUGUCUUUGUUAGGAAUUCUUGAAACUAUUACUUUCCAGGUGCGGCAACCGUAAUUUUAUACGUCGUGGAGAAACAAAAUCUUUCUAUUGUGAUCCACCAUUGGUUGGACAGUACAUUACUAUUAAUAUUCCUGGAAUCAGAAAGAUCUUACCGCUAUGUGAAAUAGCUGUCUAUGAUUCAGAGUUAACAAGUAUGAUCAUAAUCUUGAAUGCUAGUUCAAUGCUAAAAUACUAAAUUUAAAUUACUUCAAACCUGCGCUACAGAUUAAUGCAUCUGAACUAUUAACAGAAACGUAAACAAAAUUUGUUACGGAGAUUUAUAGUCGCCGCGCAUUGCCUAGAAAAUCUGGCAGUCGGAUAGAAAUGUGAAAAAUCAUCCGUGAUAUAUUAAUUGUCUGAUGAAUCUCACUGGGCAAUAAUAUUCAUCAUACGAUAUUACGAUUCUCGCCUGGCUCACCACUCGCAAGUAAUCACUAAUUAAGGUGGCUCCCUACAGUUCUCUGAAUUUUAUGUAUUUUGGGUAACAUUCGCUUUCAACCAAAUUUAUAUUGAAUACACUUAAGAGAGGGCAAUAUCGUCAUUCUUAGGAAAGUACAGCAGCUGUGUGCUGUUAAAAACAAAUAAAAACAGUUUUAAUGCACUUUUAUUGUCUAAUUCAGAAUGUAUCGACAAUAUUUUUUCCUUUGGUGAAUUUUUCUGAAAUUUGUUUUGAUGAUUUAUGGUCCAUAAAGGAGUAACAUAUCAAAAUUUGAAGGGAGAUUAAUGUAGGAUAAGUUUUUGAGAUAUCCAUGAGUGACAAUUACAGAAAAACCGAAAAUUACGAAAAUUAUACGAGGUGAACAACAACACGAAACGCGUGUGACUUAUAGUUCUUUUUUAGUAAUUUUCAUUUCAACUUUUUGGCUUACAUACGAAAACAGAUAUUUCUGACUUGUUUGACAUGAAAAUAAAAGACUGGUGUUGAAAAUACUAAUAAUAAAAACACUAUUACGCAUUGUAUUAAUCCAGCGUUUCUCUAGAUUUGUUUUUGUUAAAAUCGGUGUGAAAACUUUUCAAAACGUUUGACUUUUCGUAUGAAACAACUCGUAACUGUUGUAUUAGAUUUAGGAGAUAAACCAAUAGAUGUGAAUUAAGUUGAAUGACAGGACUUAUAUACGGUUCAAGAGUUCAUUGAAGACAGUAUCAUUUCAGUCCGCGACACAACAAGUUGAUAAUUUUGAGCAUAGUAUAAAAGACAAUGCUGAACGCAAAUACGUAAGAACACACCAAAAAUUUAGGAUUACAAUGAAAAACUGGCGUUUUCUUGGCAGACAAAAACGCCAAAAACCUUCAACAUUGCUCGUUUCAAUAUUUUACAGAGCCACGAAGAUUGCAUGCGAGGAUGACAUCUCAUCUAUAUAAUCAUGUUUUGACAUCUCAUCUAUAUAAUCAUGUCAUGAGGAUGACAUCUCAUCUAUAUAAUCAUGUACUAACUGUAGGGAGCCACCUUAAGUGGUGCCAUUGUGGUGUGGUUUAUUAAAAUACUUUGUAUAUAGCAAGUGUCAAAAGUGAACUGUUUGCCGAUUGGACAAACCGUAUCACGCGCUGGUCAUAUAACCGGAAGUGAGGCAAGAGCUACUCGCGUCAACCAGCAAGUUCAAAGCAAAGUUUUUUCAAGAGUUUCAGCAUGUCUGCCGGUCGGUUUUAUUACAGUUUCUGAAUACCAGGUGAAUUAUUGAGACUCUGACACUUAUAAGUGAUAAAUAUUGACUUAUUCAUUGGUACACUUUUGAUUCUAUCGCAAUCUACAUCCAGUCACAGAUGAUAGAUUAUACCAGAUGUCUCACUGUGUAUCUAUCCCUACGAUUUUCGUGUCCGCGAUUUUCGCGAGGCUAUCACGCCAGAUGACGCGUGCGACACUUGCUGCCAAAAUGGCGCUUACUGCCAAAAUGCGUGAUUGCUCACGUUUCAUGGCGUGGAUUACACUUACUGCCAAAAUGGCGGCCAACGCGUGCUCAUAAACGCGGACACAAUUUUGGCUGAGUGAGACAUCUGGUAUAUCUAUCAUCUGUGAUCCAGUUGAGAUUCCGUGACGCUUGCAUACCUGAACGGUCGAUACAUUAGAGCUGGGUGAAAGCAGAUAUGAUCUAAUAAUGACUAUUAUAAGAACUAGAUCUAAUUGAGCGUAAUCCAAAAAAUACUUAGCUAUUUUCUUUUAUUGGUUAUAAAACUUAUUAUAAUUCUUACACGUGCAUCAUGCAGGUUACCGCAAACAUGGAGUGAAAGUGAACAUCUGGAGAGAUCUUGCUACUACAGAUAUUCAACAACUGUACAAUGACCCAAAAUAUCCUGGCAACCCUGAUGAACAAAGGAUACUCUCGACAUUUGACUACAAAAAUAUGGGAAAUUAUUAUGGAGGAAGACUUUCUGCUGUGUAUCAGGUAGAGCAGAACCCAUAUUACAGUCUACUGACUGUACAGAAGUCAGCUGUAUAUAUUAUAGGAUAUUAUUUUAUCAUUCUUAAUUCGUGAUUUAAAUAAACGCGAGAAUUGCGCCUACAAUCAAAUUAGAUUAAAGCGAAUCUCCCUGGCAAACAUCCUGUGUUUUGAGAAAAGACAUAGCAUACGAAUAGACAUUUCAUCCAUGUUAGUGUUGAAAUAUUAGAAUAUAUUAUUGAUGGAUCGAAUCCGACAUUGAGAAUAUCGAUAUACAGUUGUAAAAAAAACUUUUCUGUUAAAAAUUAUUAUUAAACGAUUGUCGAUGAUUAUUGAAACAAAUUAAGGUAAUUUAAUUAAACGAUAAUUAAAAAAUAAUCCAGUCCUUGAAAUUAACGCGUUAAUAAAGUGCAUCGUGAUUUAAUUUGCCAAAAAAGAAAUACGUGCAGGUAAGCGCCAAAACAAAAGACAUUUUGCUUUAAGUUUUGACUUCUGACAGUUAAAAACAUGUAUUAAGUUGUCGUGCCAUUCAAAUGAGUAAGUAAAUUAUUUAUUUCGCAGGUGCUUCACACCUUCAAGUGACCAUGAGUUUGCUUCUCCAUAAUUUUUCGUGCAUGUUUAUUAUUAAUAAGUAAUGGGUAUGGUGUCUCGUCCAAUGCAUGGGAAAACAAACACUUGUGAUUUUUGACCGUCUUUAAAAAGCUCACUUGAAUAUGCAUGUUUUUUUCCGAAUUGCAUCGGAAACAAUAUUACCUAUACAAAACAACUACAUGCUAUGCAUUUCUCUUCCAAUAUACAUUUGAUGUCCAUAAUUGUCGUACCAAAACAUGCCCUAAACUUGAGACUUUCUUUUCUUUGUGUAGCCAUUACAGACUGGCAAUUAUACAUUAUAUGCUGCUUGUACUGACAAAUGUGAAGUGUUUUUAAGAGAUUGGGAAAGUGGAGGAAAAUUGGAAAAAAUAAUUUCACUUAUGAAGUCCACAAGAUAUAAGGUUUGGAAGUAAGUAUGUAGCACAUCCGUAAGUUUUUCUGAGCUCCAUUUGGGAUAAAGAUGGUUUUUAAUGCAGGUGGCUAUAGAAAAUGCCGUAUAAUUUUUACGUUAUGAACAUUUAACAUUCUUUAAUCUUAACAUGUUAAAAAGUUAUAUUUGACCGUAUUUUCGACGCAAAAGUGACACCUGUUCGUUUAUUACACCUUCUAUAGCAACUAUUACAUGUACUCCAAGUCUUGAGGAGCACACUUGGUAAAAGUGUAGGCAACGGGCAGGCGCCACCUUUCCCGUCGGGGCUGACAUCCCUGAUUAUUGGAUGGUGACUCAACAAAACCACUUUAGAUAUACAUGACAACCCUACCUUACGAUCGGCAUGUAGUAAAACACUGACUACCGGAACACCGGAACACCACCGGAACACCAUCGGAACACCACCAGAACACCGGAACACCACCUAACCCUAACCCCAACCCAAACCCCCAACCCUAACCCCAAACCCUAACCCUAACCCCAAACAAAAUGGUGGUGUUCCGGUGUUCCGGUGUUCCGGUAGUCAGUGUUUUACUACAUGCCCUUACGAUCGGCUUCGUCGCAGGUAAGGACGGCCCAAACAUGUAGUGACUGUAGUGUGAUCUGUCAUGCAUGGUAAAGUAUAUGCAUGGUGAAUAUGUACGAGCCGUAAAUCUGUGGAUUGAUUUCAAUUGUUUAAUUAUGCUCGAUUAUUCCAGUUCUUCUACAGCGCAUUUGUGAAUGAAGAACAUGCCUUCUAAUUCUUGAAGGAUAUACGUGUAGGAACUAAAAUUCUUCUUUUAAGAAUGCUACUACGAUCAUGAAUGUGUAGCAUGUCUUGGUAACAUCUUCGUAUUUCGCGCACGAAUAUAUUAAUAAUUUUCUCUUUGAUUUUCGCAAAUAUAUCCCCAACCCAAACCCUAUUGUGCGCGGAACAUGAGGAUAUAAAUCAUAUAAUCCAUAUUGCACUGUAAACACACACAGAUUAUCUAUAUGGUCAAGCCAGAAACUCAGAUGUCCAUACUUAAAACACUCGACAUUUGGAGCGAAUGCCUUUUUCAAUGUUUAUUUGUUGCUCUUCUGUACUCCUACGUAAUUCGGCACAUCAAAAGUACGCAGUCUGAAACGGGCCUUAUACCCACACCAUGGUAGACGCUGAACCCCCAAGACUAAGUUUAGUUUUUAUUAUAUUCUAGUCAGUAUCCUGCUCAGAAAUCCAAGGCGAUCUACUUGGAGAAAGGGAAAUUCUACGAGCUUGUAGCGACGGUGAAGGAGGCUCGAAGUACGGACUACCUUACUGUAGCUGUGGAAUUACCAAGUGGGAAAUUUAUCGCACCAAUCCCUGCUGAACGUCUUUUCAUUGGUAAGUGUGAAGAUGUUGCUUAAUUAGAGAUUUCCCAAAAUGACGCAAUGUUGGUGACCACAGUAAGAGUUGUAUAUAAAUUAAGUAAACAGCUGCAUAUUUUAGAAAUGUAUUAUCUGCUGAUUGCCUCUAUGAUGGCCCUGGGUACGAGGUUUUGUUUGCGUGAGUUGUAUUUAUUACCUUACUCAAGGGGAGUAAUUAUUCCAAGAAGUACGAAAUACGGCGAUCAAAAUCUCAAGUGAGUCGAGGGGAUUUUAAGGAAUUCUUAAUUUUCUUCAGAUAUUUUGAGGAAUUUUUCUGAAGAUUUGUAGAUAUUCUGGGAUUUUUUCUUAUUUUUUGGAGUGACGUUUCACUAAUUGGUUUCCCUUAAUUCUUCCAACAACUUUCACACUUAUGAACUCAUACAUUGACAAAUAUGUUAUUGACAUUUCGGAAUUUCUUCCUUCGAUGCCUGCUGUUACUCUGGUAAAUGUUUCAUGUGUUCUCCUUCAGAUUCAACUCUUGUAGAUCACACAAAUAGAUAACAUCACAAAUAAGUACGUUCCCAACUUGGUCUGACUUGUAGCUCAGACGGUAGAGCAUCAUUAAAUAAACAUGGCCUUAUUAAAUCGUUGUAACGUUUUUCUUACAGAUACAAAAGAAGUAAAGUUACGGCUUGAGAGGGUUUAAAGCACUGUGACUAACUUGAAAAUGUUGAUGAUGAUUUCUUUAUGGUUAUACUUAUAGUUUAAAUAAGUUUUAGUUCAGACUUCGUUUCUACUAAUUGUCCACUUCCGUUUGAUAUAAUUGUAUCAUUUCGUUUUAAAUAAAGUCAUAAAGCA